AUGAGGUCGGUAUUCUUCUUUGGAACGUUUCUCAUGGGCUUACGCGCCACCAGUGCUAGUUCUGCGCUUGAUGGCAGUGCCGCUGGGUCAGAGGGUGACCUGCAGAGGCUCCAAGCGAGUGCUGAUUUGAAUGAUAUUCAACCUGAAAGUUCAGAUGCGCUCGAAAAAUUGCAGGAAGCCCAGCGUGCAUCUCAGGCUUUUGCUCAUCGGAACCUGCCAGGAAGCCAUAUUGGCAACGGCGUUAUCCCGUAUGAUGGCAACGCUAAUGAAGAUUCAUAUGGAGGUGACGAUGUUUCUGCAGGCCGCGCCCUAGGAAAGAGGUCUGAUUUCCUGGCUCCCUCGCCCGCUGCAAAGAAAGUCAUUGUUCAGGUUCCGGAGAAGAAAGCCACUCCGGUGACAGUCUACCGCAAGUUGCAAGAAGGGUCCGAUGAUGAGAAACACGAGCAAUCAGAGAACGACCAUCAGGGAGGGUCCUCGGAAGAUUUGGAUCGAGAGGGCGCGGACGAUAAUCGCGAAGCGUCAGAUGAAGAGGAUCUGUUAGAUGCUCUCAGGCGGGACAACCCUGAAGCCAGCGAGGACCAGGGGACUGUGAAUGAAGACGCCGGCAGCGAAGACACUCAAAGUGCACUACUUGAGGGUGACGAUCCGGAACGGGAGGCGGAAAACGAAGAAGAGAAUGCCUUAUUAGCAAUUAUUGAAAUUGAAACAGACCUCGAAGUGCCAGACGAGGUUCUAGACGAAAGUGAAUCUGAGGAUGAUCGAAGACUGGGCAAGAAAUCGUACUACUAUGCUCCGCCAAAGAAAGCCCUGCCGCCUCCCAAGAGAGUCGCCGUAGCCCCCAAAAAGGCUCUUCCAGUGAAGGCUCCACCAAAGAAGGUUCACGAAAAAAAAGUUGUUCCGACCCCACAAAAAGCCGUCCUACCUGCUAAAAAAGCGAUUCCGGUGCAGAAGAAGGCGCCCCCGCCCAAGAAGGUCUAUGCGCCCCCGCCCAAGAAGGUCUAUGCGCCCCCGCCCAAGAAGGUCUAUGCGCCCCCGCCCAAGAAGGUCUAUGCGCCCCCGCCCAAGAAGGUCUAUGCCCCGCCUCCGAAGAAAGUCUAUGCCCCCAAAAAGUACGUUCCAGUGUCGAAAAAGGGUGGAUAUUAA